AUGGACGUGGUUGCCGCCGUGGACUGGGAUAGAGGUUCCCCAUAUACCUCCUACCUACUUCCGCUUCUCUUUGAUUUCUGGAGUGUCCACAGUCCUGCAGGCGUGGCCCUUUCGGGGCUGGUCGUCUUGCUCCUGGCUGUGUUGUAUGACGGCAUCAAGGUUGGCAAAGCCAGGCUGCUCCACCAGGCCCUGACGCGCCUGUCCAUCUCCACCAGCCAGCAGCUCAUCGGAGAGACGGGCCGGAAUUCUUCAAGCUCAGAGUCCCCCGCAGUCAGCAGAACCCACCUCAGGUGGUUCUUGUGUCCCUUCGGCCAGCAUCUACUUCAUGUCGCUCGGGUGGUCAUCGGCUACUUCAUGAUGCUGGCUGUUAUGUCCUACAUUUUCUUUGGCAUGGUCCUGGGCUCAGGUGUGGGCUACUACCUAGCCUAUCCACAUCUCAGCAUGACUUAG